AAAUGAAGGAAGGCGGGAACCCAAAAUAAAUAAUAAAAACAAAAAAUUAAAAUUAAAUUAAAUUAAAUAAAAUGCUCAAAUUCUAUUCGAUGUCCGUACAGUUUUCACCUCUCCCCAUACAAAUAUUUAUAGAGAGAGAAAGAGGGGAGAGAGAAUCCCUUCGGUUUCUCAGUUUUUCCCCUAAAAUUCAGUAAGGGUUUUUGGAAAUGGUAGAGAAAUCUCUCAAAUGCAAGGGUUCGAUUCAGACUCCGAUUCCUAAUGCCGCUUCUUCCGAUUCCUCUUCUCUCAAAAUCACUAAAUGUGAAGCUCCGAUGAUGAUGAAUACUACUACAACUACAACUACUACAACAACUACUAGUACUACUGUUGUUGUUGUUAAGGAAGAGGAACCGCCUUCUACUAUUAAGAGACACAGUGCUCGGAUUAAGCUUAAACAGAUAGCUGAGAAGGAAGUUCUUGUUCGUAAAAGGGUCGAGUUGCUUGAUCAUAGUCCGGAAGUUAAUGGAGCUUCUAAGAAGAAAAGAAGAAGGGUUUCUCCUUCUUCUUCACCUUCUCUUUCUUUGCCUUCUGAUAAUGUUGCUGUAGUUUCUACGCCCAAAUCUGUGGCUGAAAAAAAUACCUUUAACUUGAGUGAGAGUGUUGUUGUUGUUCCGACUCCGGUUAAUUUGGAGGGAAAGAGUGACCAUGCGAAAGUUAGGGAAACUCUCAGGCUGUUCAACUCACAUUAUUUGCAUUUGGUUCAGGAGGAGGAGACGCGAUGUGCAAGAGUUGUUGAAGAUAAGAAAAAAUCUAAAGGUUCUAAAUCGAAGAAGGAGAAGCAAUGUGCAAGAGUUGUUGAAAAUAAGAAAAAAUCUAAAGCUUCUAAAUCAAAGAAAAAAGUUGUAGUAGAAGUAGAAGUAGAAGAUACGAAGAUCAAAGCUAAGCGACCUGAUUUGAAGGCAAUAUCCAAGAUGAUAGAGACUAAAACGGUUUUGUUUCCUGAUAAAAGAAUAGGCAAUAUUCCAGGUAUUGAUGUUGGACAUCAGUUCUAUUCUCGAGCUGAAAUGGUUGUUGUUGGUUUCCAUAGCCACUGGUUAAAUGGAAUUGACUAUAUGGGGCAGGCGUACAGUAAAGGGGAGUACAGCACUUAUACAUUCCCAAUUGCUGUGGCUAUUGUUCUAUCUGGCAUGUAUGAGGAUGACUUAGACAAUGCCGAUGAUGUCAUAUAUACUGGCCAAGGCGGGCAUAAUUUGACGGGUGAUAAACGUCAAAUUAAAGAUCAGGUUCUUGAGCGUGGAAAUCUGGCACUCAAGAAUUGUGUUGAUCAAGGUGUACCUGUCAGAGUUGUUCGUGGCCAUGAAUCUAGGAGCAGCUAUUGUGGAAAAGUGUACACAUAUGAUGGGUUAUAUAAGGUCGUUCAGUAUUGGGCAGAGAAGGGUAUAUCUGGAUUCACUGUUUUCAAGUUUCGCCUAAAGCGGCUUGAAGGGCAACCAUUGUUGACCACUAAGCAGGUUCAAUUUAGCUUUGGGCGUGUUCCGCAGUCACUUGCAGAAAUACAAGGGUUGGUGUGCGAAGACAUCACUGGUGGCCAAGAGACUAUCCCCAUUCCAGCUACAAAUUUAGUUGAUGAACCACCUGUUGCACCGACAGAUUACAAAUACUUGAAAUCUAUUCAACCAGCAAACAAUGUCAAGCUUCCUUCAAGUGCUGGAGGAUGCGAUUGUGUAGGAAGAUGUGUGGAUCCAAAGACUUGUGCAUGUGCUAGGCUUAAUGGCUCGGACUUCCCAUAUGUGCAUCGUGAUGGCGGCAGACUAAUUGAAGCCAAAGAUGUGGUCUACGAAUGUGGCCCUGGAUGUGGUUGUGGACCUGAAUGUGUCAACCGAACUUCUCAGAAAGGACUCAAGUAUCGAUUUGAGGUUUUCCGCACACCAAAGAAAGGUUGGGCUGUCAGAUCGUGGGAUUUCAUACCUUCUGGCGCACCGAUUUGUGAAUAUACUGGAAUACUUAGGAGGACAGAAGAUGUAGAUAGUGUGUCUGGUAAUGAUUAUAUAUUUGACAUAGACUGCUUGCAAACAAUGAAGGGUCUCGGUGGAAGAGAGCGGCGGUCACGAGAUGCAUCUGAGUCUGAGAUCACUUCAUCAGAGAAACAUGAAGUAUCUGAAAGUACCCCAGAGUUUUGUAUCGAUGCUGGUUUCAGUGGUAACAUUGCUAGAUUUAUUAAUCAUAGUUGCGGACCCAAUCUGUUUGUUCAAUGUGUUUUGCACGCCCACCAUGACAUGAAACUUGCUCGGGUAAUGUUGUUUGCAGCAGACAACAUACCACCUUUGCAGGAGCUCACCUAUGAUUAUGGCUAUGCCCUAGAUAGUGUGCUCGGCCCCGAUGGAAAGGUGAAACAGGUGCCCUGUUACUGUGGUGCGGCAGACUGUAAAAAACGGUUAUAUUAAGCUAUAGCUGACUUGUAAGUUUGUUGCGAACAAACAUUUUUUGUUCUGGUCUGCAGCUGCUGCUGCUGCACCAACCUUAAUUACCAACAAUUGAACCUUUUUGUAUUUAUUCUCUUUUUGGGAUGAUUACACUAAAAAGGUCUCACAUGUCCAAACUAUAAUAUAUAAUGAAAAUGAUUAUUAACAUGAAUGAAGAGAAAUUAUAUUUUCAAGAA